GGGCAGUUGUUGUUGCCCCCCCAGACCAUGCACCGAAAGCACCACCAAAGCCUCAGCACCGUGGGGGUCACCGCUGCGGCCUCCCUAGGGCAGGGACCAGCAGCAGCAGACCCAGAUGUGCGCCCAGAUGUUUGGAGCAUCCGGAAGCGCUGCCGGAGCCCCGGGGGGGGGCGCCCGGCGGAUGAGCCCCCCCCCAGCCCAGAUCCAGAUGUGGGAGGCCCCAAAAGGCAGCGGCUGGGGGCCGCCAGCGCCCCGGAUCCAGAUGUUGAGGGGCCCGAUAAUGGAGGCUGGCUGCUGGCGGUGGACAGCGACACAGACGUGGAGGGCGAGGAGCCCCAUCCAGAUGUUGCAGCCCCUUCCAAUGGCCACAAUGCAGAUGUGGAGGGGGCACCCCACGGCCCUGGGUACCAGCUGCUGGUGUUGGACAGCGAUACAGAUGUGGAGGAGGAGGAGGGGGGCCAUCCAGAUGCUGGCCCCCCCAGAGACCCAGCUGUGAAGGCCGAGCCCCCCGCUGGGGCUGCUGCUGGGGACAGCGAUACAGAUGUGGAGGGGGGCACCUCCGAUCCAGAUAUGGCGCCAGAGACCCCCCCUCUGCUAGGGCCAAGGCUCCAGGGGCUCUUGGUGGAGAGCGAUACAGAUGUGGAGGAGGACGGGGGCAGCCCAGAUGUUGGCUCUGCUAAAAUCCAGAUGUGCCACAAGGAGCACGUCCUGGUGACGGAGACGCCCAAGCCAGAUGUUGGGGGGCCCCAAGGGGUGGACACUGACACUGAUGGGGAAGAUGAGGACCUGACUCAGUGCUUCCUCCCCCCCUGGAAGCCCCCAGCGGUGGUGCUGGAGAGCCCGGUUCCAGAUGUUGGGGCCAUGGUGAAGCCAGAUGUUGGGACCGUGCCCCCCGAUCCAGCUGUUUCCCCCGCCAGCAGCGACAGGGAGGAGGUGGCUCCGACGCCAGAUGUUCGGCAGCUCCGGAGCCGCGUCCGGUUCCAGGCCUUCCCCCAUCCAGAUGUGGUGGGCAGCGGCGCCGAGACGGCCCCAAACAGCUGGAAAAGGGCCCCGAAACCCAGGAGCAGCAAAGAGGUGAUCCCGAGCCGCAGUGACGUAAACCCAGAUGUGGCAGCCCCAAGUCCAGAUGUGGCAAGCCAUAAUCCAGAUGCGAAGGCCCCCGAUGCAGAUGCGAGGGCCUCAAAUCCAGAUGUCAGGUCCCCGAAUCCAGAUGUGGUGACCCCAAAUCCAGAUGUGGCACCCCCAGACCCCCACCUGGUGGCCCCGAAUCCAGAUGUUGGGGCCGAGGGACACGGUGGCAAUACCCCGACGAUGGUUCCAGUUGUGCCAAUGGACGCUUCCACCCCCAAAUCCCCACAUCUGGACUCGUGUUCCGGUGUCACCGAUGGUGCUGAUGGGACAGAGAGCGACAGCGAUGAUGUUGACCUCUUCCUGGAGCCCACCCAGAGCUUCCUGCCUCCAGCAGGCCAAGGUUCACCCCAAGGUUGGGACCCCGAGGAGCCCACUCAGCUCUUCUGCCGCCCCCAAGAGGAGGAGGAAGAGGAGGAAGAGCCCCCCCAAACCCCCCCCCAGGCCCCCCCAAAGGAAGGGACCAAGGAGGAGGGCCCCCGGCGCAGCCAGCGCCUGGCCAGGAGCCGAGUGGGUGGAGCGAAAGGGGGCGUGGCCUCGGAGGAGGUGGUGGGCGGGGCUCCCCUUGGCCCCGCCUCCUUGCGGCGCAGCCCCCGCCUCUUGGCGCGCCCCCUCGAGGAGCCACGCCCCCCACCGGCCAAGCCACGCCCCCGGCGGGCCGGGACUGGCCAAUCACGGAGGAGAGCGCAGGAUAAAAAGGAGGAGGCCAUAGAGGUGGAGGCACCGCAGCUCCGCCCCCGGCGCAGCCUUGGCUCCUCCCCCCCAAAGGUUCUCUUCACCGGCCUGGUGGCCUCCGAGGCCAUGGAGGUUGCCCUGGGCUCCUUGGGGGGGUCGGUGGCCACCUCGGUGUUCGACUGCACCCACCUGGUCACCGACCGCAUCCGGCGCACCCUCAAGUUCCUGUGCGCGGUGGCGCGCGGCGUCCCCAUCGUCACCCCCGAGUGGAUCCAUAAGAGUGCCACCAGCGGCCGCAUCCUGGCCCCCGGCCCCUUCCUGGUGCAGGACCCACAGCAGGAGCAGCACUUCGGCUUCAGCCUGGCCCAGGCCCUGCAGCGCGCCCGCCGCCACCCCCUGCUCCAGGGCUAUGAGAUCCACGUCACCCCCAGCGUGCGCCCCGAGCCCGAGCACAUGAAGGACAUCAUCACCUGCAGCGGGGGCACCUUCCUGCCCACCAUGCCCAGCACCUAUAGGCCCCGGCGCGUGGUCGUGUCCUGCCCUGCGGACGCGUGGUGCUGGGCCCCGGCGCUGAGCUCCCGCCUGCCCUUGGCCUCCCCGGAGCUGCUGCUCACGGGGCUCCUGCGGCAGCGCCUGCAGCUCCAGCCCUUCCUCCUGCCCCCCCCCACCGAGACCCCCCCCACCAACCCCCCCACACGCAACCGGGGGCCCCCCCGGACCCGGCGGCGCCCGGUGGGGCCCCCCCAAUAAAGAGCAGCACCAAAA